AUGACCAUUUCUUAUACGGGUAAUUUUUGUCGCCUUCUGAUUCGGUGGAAAGGAAGCUUGUGGCGCCUGGUCUGGAAGGAGUUGCUCCUUUUCCUCCUUAUCUACUAUGCUAUUCGUUUGUUCUACAAUCGUAUAUUGCCAAUGCUCGGCGACAAAGAUGAUCCCGGCAAAUACAGGCGGCAAUUUGAACAAGUAGCAAUGGCGUUCGACGAGUACACGAGGUUGAUCCCGCUCACGUUCUUGCUCGGCUUCUAUGUUUCGAAUGUGGUUAGCAGGUGGUGGCGACAGUUCGAGUGCUUGCCCUGGCCCGAAGAUCUGUUGUCGCUGCUGUGUACAGUUAUUCCGGGAAAGGACGAGCGAAGUCGACGGCGUAGACAUACCAUCGCUCGAUACGUCAACUUGACCGCUGCAUUGGCCUAUCGCGAAAUAUCCAGCAAAAUUCGACGCCGAUUCCCGACACUGGAUCAUCUGGUGGAAAGUGGACUGCUCACAGAGAAAGAACUGAAACUGCUCGGCGAGACCAGUAGUGAAAUCAAAAAUGUGCGGUGGAUGACACCGCUUCACUGGGUUCAGCAGAUUGUGAUGGAUGAAGUUCGGGAUAAUGCUCCAUCGCCGGCUCUCAUCAAUCAUCUGAUGCAGGAGCUGAAAGCCUAUCGUAUUGCAUUCCGGAAGCUUUUCUCCUAUGAUUGGGUUUGCGUACCGCUCGUUUAUACCCAGGUUAUUAUAUGCACUGUUUUUGCUUGUUUCAGCCGGAUUCAUCGAGGGGGAGCAGACCAGCAAGGGAUUGUUUCCGCUAUUUUUGGUGCACAAUCACAUGAAAUAAUUUAUAAAACUUUUUUCUACAGGACAAGAUGA